AUGAACACAAUGCCUCAAAGACUUCCACGAAAUCCGUUUGCUAGUUCUCCCAGCUCUACGGUUGUUAUACCGUCCUCUGAUCGACCCGCCAGCCGAAGACCAUCAACCUCCAAGGCCAAUAGGUUGACUCAAUUCUUCUCCUCCUCACCCAAGAGCAAAGAGCAGCAGACUGCUCAGGCAGCUCUCCUACAAGCUGUUGCAGCUCAGCAACAGCAUCUGCUCAACAACCCUUCUCCAUCGAUCAGCCCUCCUUCUCUGUCCUUACCCACGAUAUCCUUGUCAACAGCAAAGGCCGGCGAAGCCAACAUGGACGAACCCCCUACCACUCUCUUCCAACCACCCUCUGUUGCAGAAGCAAAGCGACAGGCAAGAAUCGAUGCGCAAUUCGGACCUCUUGGCAACCAAAGCCAUAGAUAUGUCAGCCAAUAUGUGGAAGGAGAGACAAUGGAACACAUCCUCGACGAGCCCCCUUACUACUACCUCUUGACCACUUACAUCAGUUACCUCGUCCUCAUCAUCUUUGGUCACGUCAGAGACUUUUUUGGAAAGCGCUUUAGACCCGAGAACUACAAGCAUUUGAAAUCCGCCAAUGGUUACGCUGCCCUCAACAGUGAUUUCGACAAUUUUUACGUACGAAGAUUGAAGUUGCGAAUUGAUGAUUGCUUUGCUCGCCCAAUCACAGGAGUUCCGGGAAGAUACAUCACAUUGAUGGACCGCAAGACCGACGACUUCAACAAGCAUUACCAAUUCACUGGCACGUAUACCGAAACUCUCAACAUGAGCUCAUACAACUAUCUCGGCUUUGCGCAGUCAGAGGGUCCUUGUGCAGACGCUGUUGAGGAGUCUAUAAAGAAGUACGGCAUAAGCGCUGCCAGCCCUCGCGCAGACUCUGGAACUUCGGAUUUGGCUAUGGAAGUUGAGGAUAGAAUUGCCAAGUUCGUUGGCAAGCCAGCUGCCAUGGUUUUCUCCAUGGGAUUUGCUACCAAUGCUUCCUCUUUCCCAGCUUUGGUCGGCAAAGGAUGCCUCAUCAUUUCCGACGAAUUGAACCAUGCCUCGAUCCGAAUUGGAGCUCGUCUUUCUGGUGCAAUGAUCAGCUCUUUCAAGCACAACGAUAUGCAUGACCUUGAGGCGAAGCUUCGAGAGGUCAUCUCUCAAGGACAACCUAGAACCCACCGCCCCUGGAAGAAGAUCUUGGUCGUAGUUGAGGGUCUGUACUCCAUGGAAGGAACGAUGUGCGACUUGCCAGGACUUUUGAAGCUCAAGAAACGAUACAGAUUCAACCUUUUCGUUGAUGAAGCUCAUUCCAUUGGUGCCCUUGGUCCUCGCGGUCGUGGUGUUUGCGAUUACUUCAACAUUGAUCCUGCCGAGGUCGACAUCUUGAUGGGAACUUUGACCAAGUCUUUCGGUGCGAACGGUGGAUAUGUUUGCGCCGAGAAGCACAUUAUCGACAAGCUCAGAUCAACGAAUGCUGCAACCAUCUAUGGCGAAUCACCGACACCUCCCGUUCUCAUGCAGAUUCUCAGCUCCCUCAAAAUCAUUUCUGGCGAGAUUGCUCCAGGACAAGGAGAGGAGCGUCUGCAACGUAUCGCUUUCAACUCCCGUUAUCUUCGCCUAGGAUUGAAACGUCUCGGAUUCAUUGUCUACGGCCACGAUGACUCCCCAAUCAUCCCAAUCAUGCUCUACAACCCAGCCAAGAUGCCCGCCUUCUCCCAUGAAAUGCUCAGGCGAAAGAUCUCCGUUGUCAUCGUCGGAUACCCAGCCACUCCUCUCGUUUCGUCCCGUGCUCGUUUCUGCGUUUCUGCCGCUCACAACAAGGACGACAUGGACCGACUUCUCGCUGCAUGUGAUGAAAUCGGUAAUGUCCUCCAACUCAAGUUCUCAACUGGUAUCGCUGGUGGUGCAGAUCAUCUCCCAGAUGAAGUCACCCCAGAAAUGGAAAAGGAGUGGCGUAGAGCGAACGGAUUACAAGGUGUGAUAACACCGCCGCGUUGGUCUCUGAGAGAAGUGAUCGCAAAUGGUGUCCAGGAUGUGAAGCAGCCAUUAAGGUGA